AUGUCCAAAGGAUGUGCCUACCUAUCUAUUGCCAUCUGGAGUCUUAAUUUCGUGUUAUCAUCGAUGGGUGGUGCACUACAAGAUGGCAUCCGAGGAAGCCAGGAGGAUGCUCUGGACCGACAAGCUGGAAGCCACGACAGUGACUACGACCAGCAAGAUAUAGUUUCAGUUUUACCCAAAGGAUGCAGCAUGAUUGACAACCACACUGUUACUUGUAUCACAGCAGAUGCUUCCACAAUCCCGGAGUUUAUCAACGGACUUUCACGUGGUUUGGACAGGUUCUCCUUCAAGUUCGCCAUGGGCGGUGCGAUCGAUUUGAAACAUGCCACGUUUCCGCCAAAGUCUUCCUUGACUAGCUUGGAGAUAUCAACAAGCAAUUUGGAGGGAAUACAUACAUCGACUCUUCAGCACCUCACGAUGUUGAAAUAUCUAAACCUGAAAAACAAUCACAUCAAAACGCUUGAACCCGAUAUUUUCAAAUCGAGUAGGUCAACACUGGAAAUCUUGGACUUGAGUAAUAACGAUAUCAAAAUAUUGGAUCAAAACAUAUUCUCUGCUUUGGAAGUUUUGGAACAUCUUGACUUGAGUAACAAUCGACUGCAGUCAUUUGAUGCCCCAUUUACAUCCCCUGCAAUGAACAGUGUAUUACUUGCAGGGAAUCCUCUGCAGACCGGCCAAGUCAGUUGGAAAUCAGAAACAUACACAUGUGACCUUGACUUUAGUUUUACCGAGAUUUCCGUCCUCAAGGAUUCCAUGUUUUCAAAUAUAGUCUGCACCGCUUCUGAUAAGUUUCAGUUGAGCUUGAAAGGAGAUCACAUCACAAAAGUUGACACUGGUCUAUUCAAAGGCUUUAGCAAGGAAUUUGGCAAACUCGACGCCUCCGGGAUCAAAUGGCAGUUGACGAAUCGUUCUUCUCUCGAAGACUUCAUGUUGGCACUCGCCGGACAGUCAAUAGAUUACCUCGAUUUUUCCAGCAGUUACUUGACCCAGGAGGAAGUCAAAUAUUUUCUGUUGCUUCAGACGACUAAACAUCUUGGUACCUUGGACAUUUCUGAUAACAUCAUCGGAUCUACGUCCAAAUCUUGGCCGAUAUACAUAAAUUUUCUGCCCAUCUCAACUAUGAGGGUCUUAAACAUUUCGGCUAACGGCAAUAACAAGGGUUUGGUAUUUGAUACCUUAUUGCCGGUUCUAGAGGUUUUAGACUUGUCUCACAAUAUUAUACCAAUAUACCAAGAUUCAGUAGUCUUCUCAACCGGCGACACUGGUAAUACAUCGGUUCCUGCGCUUCGAGUUCUUAAAAUGACCGCGGCCUUCCAAACUUCGUCUGGCGACAUGAUCAGGCCCCCGAGUAAGCAAAAUAUAACGUGGUUUGAGGGCCUUGGUAAACUGGAAGAACUCUACUUAAACAAUAAUUAUAAACUGUACGAAGCUUCUCCCGAUUUUCACCUGGCUACCAUGUUCCGGGGACUACAUAAUCUGCGGAACCUCUCUCUAGCGAGCACUAGUUUCGGAAGAAGGGGUUUUCGGGACGAUGAGCUCGAAAAUCUAUUCGGAGACUUGGAGAACACGUUGAUAUACCUUGACCUACGAGAUAACCACAUUUCCCACCGGUCUCUUGUCAUACUCAAGGGUCUGAAGAAGCUGAAAGUGCUAGAUCUACGUUCCAAUGACAUCGGAUACUUAGUUGGCGAGUGGUACACCCCAAAUCUUGAGCAACUCUACAUUACAGACAAUAGUUUACUAGUCAUUAGUUACUCAACGAUGGGCGAGGCACUGAAAAAUAGCUUACAGUUCAUGUCCAUUGCUGAUAACCCCUAUUCCUGCUCCUGCGAGUUAGCUGGCUUCACGGCAUGGUUGAAAACAAACGCCAAUGCCAACCUAACACACGGUAAGGUACACGUGCCCGAUUUGUACUAUGCCAAGUGCAUGAUACCAGAACACAUGGAAGAGACCAUGAUCAUAGAAUAUCAACCUGAUGCAUUUUCUUGUAACCAGUUAGGUAUAAUCAUCCUGGGGGCCUUUGCUACCGUGAUUUUCCUCUUCUUGGUAGCUUUGGUGAUAUAUCUGAUCUCCAAGAGCACAGAUAUUCAGUUCUAUUUUCGGACAAGAAAAGGACACCGAGUGGCAUCUGGAGGCGUAUUUAUGGGCUACUGUCAAGGUCACCAAGGAGAAAACUUCCGGGACAACAUUGAGCAGGCGUGGGUCCACAAAUGCAUCCCGGACCGAGUGGAGUUCAACCCUGAUUUACCUGUCCACGUAAAAUUCAUGCAACCCGUCAAGGAAAGCGAUGACACUACUUUGCUUGGUCGUCAGAUUGUGGAUCAACACGAACAGCUUCGUUUCAUUCUUCUGGUCAUGGGUCCACUUUUUAUUCAGCACUAUUCAAAUGAUGUUAUCACUACCGUCUGCGCAAAUGGUGACGUGAUGAGAAAGUGCAAGGAAAAAUUUGUCUUGGUUCUCAUAAAUGGAUUGAAGAAGACAUCUCUUCCUGUCGGAAUGGCACCACUUAAAAGAUGUGCGACGUGUUACGAAUGGCCAGACAGCAAACGCGCAAGAAAUAUCUUCUGGAAAAGACUCCUGAUGAAGUUGUCAAAGAAGUCUCCCAGUUGCUGUUGA